AUGAAGUCGGAAUCGCCAGAGGGGGUGGACACCUGUACCGCUCAGCGAGACGUCGAAGGGUCGUCUUCUUCGCACCACGUUCAUGCAAACGCCUAUCGUCCAGGCUCGAGAUCCUCCAUGUAUCCCGAACUCUUUCAGCAGAUGGUCUGCACGGUUCUCGAGUCCGAAUCCUACCUCUUUUCCAAUUCUGAGCUCGACAUUCUUUCUGCCUUCUUCAUGCUAUCCUACCCUGCUCGUUAUCUGUUCGUCCGCCUUCUCCAACGCAAGAAGAACACAUGGUAUCGACUGGACCGGCUAGAAGCCUACCGCUCAGAGGUGCACGACCUCAAGGCAGCCACAGCUGAACUCGCUACCAUCAUCUCAUCCCCACCCUCUGACGGUCCGAAGAUCGAGACGGGUAGGGUCGAAGAGCAAGACCGACGAAAGCUCGCCCUUGACACCGAUAAGGAGAAUUCCGUUUUGGCACUACCUGCUCUUCAGCGUCAACUUGAGCUCGAUGAACAGACAGGGCUACCUCGCGCCCCCACUUAUCGACACAAGCAACCACUUGUUGAAUCAUCAGUACCGGCCAAUAAUGCUGCACAAACGGAGACUCCAAAGCCGAAAACGAGCACAGAGUUACAAGGGCCGUUGCUGAAUCGCUUUGUUCUGACUGAGAGAGACAUGAUAGGCGGUCUUUCGGAAUCUCUCUCGCUUCUCACCAUCGAAGAGCUCAAGGCGAUUGCCAAGAACAUGGGAAUCACAAAGAUUGGCACCACCCGCGCUCAGAUUGUUGCUACACUUACAGCGACACGAUCCCAGUCGAUGCUCUUCAAGAUCCCGAUCAAGCGGUCGGACGCAUCGCAGAACGCAGCUAGCACUGGCGCCUCGAAACAACUCACUUUGAACUUGGUCAGCCCCAACAAGGGUCAGCCCCAGGCAUCACGCCUCAAGCAUGAGCUCUCGGCAACCCUUGGAGGCGGUUGUAUCCAAGUGCUUCCCGCACUUCGCUCGCUAGUGGAUCGCGUCGCACUCGUAUACUAUCGCGGUAAUCUCCUUGGAAGUGCUGCGCUCACCACUGCCAUCUUGUCCCGCUCACACAUUCGCAACUAUCCCAGCUACGACUACAGGCGUACGAGCUUUCUCUUUCCAUCCCGAGACCAUCUGAUCGCCUUCGAGCGUGCUCUCGGCAUAGAAGCCGAGAUGGAACAUCUCAUUCAGUUUGCAAAGAGCGAAGCUGAUUUUCGUUGCGCGCUUGCGCUGUUUGACUCCGUUUGGGCCGAGUGGAAUUCGUGUGUGCAGGAAUGCAUGUCAGCCCAUCCCGAGGGCAUCGACAAGUUGGUCUACCAUCGCAUGCGAUUUCAUCCCGGAUGGGUACUCACUCGUAUCGUCUACAAAGGUGCAGGCGUGCUAGCCAGGCUCAAGCUUCGAGAGCGGGAGAAGCAAGUGCUGCAGGCUUUGCUCGAUCAGAAGGUCUUCCGACGCGGCCGUCGAGGUGACUGGUACGAUCGGUUGGCGCUCGUCACUGCACUGUACUCGGACGACCAACGCAAGGGCAAAAGGCAAGCACUCGAAAUCAGCGUACGCGGCAUGCAGGAUCCCGACACACAUCUUAUCUAUCACGAUACAUUGCAAAGGCGAAUCGCGAGACUCGAGUCGCAACUUCGGAUCCCUCGAUCGGAGCAGCACGACUUUUCAUACACAAAACUCAAAACAACGUCUGAGGUCGAAUUCAAGGGUGUUCGGCUCGAUGCGAUGACCGAGACCGAUACUCGCACCAACCAGCCCAUCACGGCUCUGUCCAGAUUUUUACACACUUGCAGUUCGCCGCCGCCGUCGCCAGACGAACCUGAACCUCGAUCUGCCAGCGACACUCCUCCAAGGUCUGGUCUCGCGUCUCGCAGUGCCAGAAGCAGUUCAUCGAAAGUUUCCCCGACUAAACGUUCUUGCGGCUUCGAGAUCCGCAAACCGCUCUUCAAACGAGUCAAGAUCGAGACGUUCGCAGAAACGUCGACGUUCAAGCGUGAAACAGAAUCAUCCUUGUUCAGUCCGUCCGUCAAGAUGGAAUGUGAAGAGGCAAUCGAUGACCAAAGUCGACCUAUUUUGGGAGCGCAAGACUCGUCAAUCGACUCGAUCAUUGUCAAGGAGGAAGAUCUCGAUGAGAUUUCGUGGGAUGAAAUGUGUGCAGCACCUGAUGCGACUGCGCUGUACAUGAUGUCUGGCGGCGAAGCGGCGUGCUGCAUGACCACAUCUACGCGUCGAUCGAUGCGCAGCGUCUGGCGCGGUUUGGACAAACGACCAUGUCAUGUUGAGCAGCUUUGCCUGCAACACUACGCGCUACAGGGCUUCAAAGGCUACCACUGCGAGGGUAAGCUGCUCACCAUGAUUUUCGUGCUGGUGAUGUGGGACGUGAUUUUCAUGCAAGGCAUACCAGGCUCGUUUGAGACACCCUAUCAAUCGGCACCGCUCGACCUUGGAUCAGAUUCAUUUGGCAUCGUACGCAGCCAGCAGAUCCGCGAACGUCUCGAUCACAUCGAACGCACCGGUGGCCUCGACCUCAUCGACGCGGUCGACGAUCGUGAACGCGCCAACAAGACGUGGGCGGUCGGCUGUCGAUGGGAUCUGUUCAGCAAACAAGAUCUAUUGGAGGUAGCAGAGUGCCUCGGUGGUCAUUCGAUCAGCGUCGUCUGCCAGAUGCUCGUCGAGGAAUGGGAUCACUGUAGCUCAGGUAUGCCCGAUCUGGUGGUGUGGAGAAUCAAGGAUAAGGUGGUCAGGUUUGUAGAGGUAAAAGGUCCAGGUGAUAGGCUGAGUGAAACGCAAAAGGUGUGGAUCGAUGUUUUGUUGAGGGCCGGAAUCCAGGUUCACGUUGGGUUGGUUAGGGAGGAGUGA